UCCACUCUGAUACUUCCGAGGGCUAUUUUGCGACUGUUAAGAAACGCCGAACUCGUAUCGAAGGAGUAUCAGACCCUGAAUUCGAAAAAGCCGUAUAUUUCCUUUUAGCUGACAACAAUCUACUUUUAGCUUGUGAGAUUGGUGACAAUGAUUUAAUUGAAAAGUUAAUUAGUCGAGGAGUAAACGUUAACCUUAGGGAUCCGAUCGGUCGAACUGCACUUCAUUUUGCAGUACAUGAGGGCAACAUUAGGGCUAUCAAAAUGUUGCUUGAAGCAGGAGCACGUCCCAAUGUUAUGGAUAAUGUCGGUAUGACACCACUCCAGAUAUGCAUCAUGAGGAGGCCAUCUGUGGAAGUUGCAAAACUUUUAUUUGAUUACGGGGCCGUGAUUUUACCUCGGGUAAAACCUCUAAGUACAGGAUUAUUUUUACAAUUUACUAUGAUGUGUACUCCAACGCCAGAAGAGACUGAACUUCUCGCUUUGUUGCUUGAGAAAGGAGCUUUGAUCAACGAUCCCAAUGUACCAGGCGGGCGAUCAGUGUUACAUUUUGCUGCCAUGAGCAAUAACUGCAAGCUCAUUCAGGUUUUAGUCGAUCUUGGCGCCAAUCUUUUUGCCAAAAACCAUAGGGGUGAGACUCCCUAUGAUGUUGCUGUAACUUUCAGGUGUAAAGAAGCAAUAACCUGUUUAAAGGACCUCAUGUUUCCUAAUACUACAAGUCAAGAAUUUAGAUUGAAAUUAGGUAAUUAUAUAUAAUACAGCACUGCUCUGCCCAAAAACGUUGCUUGUGAAGUUUUUAAAUUAAUGUGUGAAGCAGUAUGUAUUCAAUUUAAUUAAAAAGUUACCUUAUUGCUAUUGA